AUUAGUUCCUCCUCUUGUUAAGGGUACAGUAUUUUUCAGAUUACUUUAAUUAUGGCUUCUUUGACUUUUCCUUCUGUCCCAUCAUUCUUGUUUAUUUGGCUGUCCUGUUUCAUUUUGGUCUCUAUCUUUAAUAUUGCAGACUUUUCUCAAAUACAUGAUGAUCCUUGGCUGCCAUUCAUACUUAAAAGGCAUUCCUUAAAAACUGAAAGUUCUUAGUUCUAGGUUUAAGGGCAGAGCUCUUGGUGGUGGUGGAGUAUGCAGUAGGAAAUCCUUAAAUGCCAUCUUUUUCUAGGGUAAUCAGUUGGAUCCUUUUCUGGAGAAAGUCUACAAUCUCCUGUUUGAGACUUCCUAUGUUCUAGAGCUGUACUGAAUAAAGAGGCUCUGGCUCUCAUUAGACUUUCACGUAAUCCUGUGCUUUUAGUUACAACUUUACCCUUGUCUGCUUCUGUGCCUAUUAUUUAAGUCCAAAGGCCUCUUGGGGUUCAGUUUUUCCAGAAAAUAUGCCUUCUGGUUUCUGUAGGAUUGCAGAGUCAUUGACUAAGUGGAAUUGGAGACUUGGAAUUCUAACAGUAUUUUAAAUAGACUUUCAGAUAGUCUCACUGUUUUGUCCACACCUCAACUUACCUCCAUCUUCCAGUGUUCCAGCUGCCUCCUAGUCCUGAGCCAUUUUGAAGUUGUGUGGGAAUUGGUUUGCUUCUUAUCAGUUAUAUUUAAUAUUUCGCACUUCUGCUGAGUCAUUUAUCAUUCUUCCUUUUAUUUUUUCUCUCUUUAUAUAUUAUCCAAAAACCCAAAACCACUGCCAUCAAGCCAGUUAUGACUCAUAGCUACCCCACAGGAUUUCCUGUAAAAUCUUUACAGAAGCAGACUGCCACAUCUUUCUCCCAUGGAGUGUUGAACCACCAGCCUUUCAGUUAGCCGUUGAUCACUUUAACUACUGCGCCACCAGGGCGCCUUUUAUAUAUUAUAGUUCAGGGUUAUAGAAGUGUUCUAACUUCAUCAGAGAAGGUAUUUGUUUUCUUUCACAUUCUCCUUAUUUAGGAAUGAUUUUAGGGCACAAAUUUCUUUAUUCUGGCAUUUUAAAAUCAGAAGUUUGUCUUCUCCCGUUUCAAAACCACCCUAACUAUAUCUUGAUGAUCUUUUCAUAGCAGUACAUACAAAUGUACAUCAUACAUUUUAACAGCUGCAUAAUUUUCUAUAGAAUGCUUUACUGUAAUUAUCCCCCUAUUGAUAAAGAUUUUGGUUUUUCUAAUUUUUGCUUUCAUGGACAAUGCUGCAGUGAAUAUCCUUUAGCCUUUUUAGUGACUGUUUACAAAUACAUCCAUAUGAUAAAUUCCUAGUAAUGGGAUUGCCUAAUCUAAGAAUAUGUGCAUUAUAAAUUUUGAACCAUAUUGUCAGGUUAUCUCCCAGAAAAGUUCACAUUUCUACCAACAACCUGAAAGUACUAUCCUGCCAACAACUGAGUUUCACCAAGCUUUUUUUUUUUCAGUCUGAUAGGUGAAAAUUGGCAAUGUGUCAUUGCUUUGAUAUACAUUUCUGAAGUUAUGAUUUUCUUAAGUUUAUUGGCCAUUUGUGUUUCUUAUUCUGAAAACUGUGUAUUUAUAAUCCUUUUUUUUUUCAUCUUUUUCCUAUUGAGUUAAUUGUAAAUUACAAAACAACUUACCCCUUUGCUAUAUGCGUUGCAAGUAUUUCUUUGCAGUUUUCCAGUGGGCCUUCAAAUUGGUUUUUGGUACUUUUGCCAGAACGAAAUCUUUGACUUUUCUGUAGUCAAAUUUAUCAAUCUUUUUCUGUGUGGCUUCUUAGUAGUUAUAUCAUUAAUAUGUAAAUAAACUAUAGUUUUCCUUUAUAUGAACAAUAACCAAUUAUUAAAAAAUGGAAGAGAAAAACCCAUUCACAAAAUUAACAGAAAGGUCAAAUUAUGUAAACUUAGUAAGCCAUAACAGAACUUACAUUAAGAAAUCUUUUAAGACUCUAUUAAGGAGUCAAAGAUUUCUUGGACAAGACAAAAGAAAGCGCUAUUCAUAAAAAGAAAAUUUGAUAAAUGGGACUUUAUCAAAGUUAAAAAUUUCUGUUCAUCAAAAAGAUACCAUUAACAAAGUGAAUAGACAUGCCACAGAAUGGAAAAAUAUAUAUUUUCAGUAUAUAUAAAUGAUAAAAUAUAUAUAUUGCAUUCAGAAUAUAUAAGGAACCUUUCAAAUCAACAUUUCUUUAAAAAAUGAACUAUCUAAAAUAAAAAUGGGCAAAAGACUCAAAUAGACGUUUCAUAGAAGAAGAAAUAUAAGUGAUCAAUAAGCACAUGGAAGGAUUUUCAACAUCAUUAGUUAUCAGUAAAUGUGAAUUGAAACCAUUGUUAGAUUCCACUACAUAUUCCCUAGAAUAGCUAAAAUAAAAAAAAUACUGAUAUUAUAGACAGUUGGGAGGAAUAAACAACUCUGUCCGGGACCCUCUGUUGUGAUCCCUGUCAACUAGAUGGUACCCACCACUCAGUGGUGGUAGCUGGGUACCAUCUAGUUGUGCUGGACUCGGUCUGGUGGAGGCUGUUGUAGUUGUGGUCCAUUAGUCCUUUGGACUAAUCUUUUCCUUGUGUCUUUGGUUUUCUUCAUUCUCUCUUGCUCCAGAUGAGGUGAGUCCAGUGGAGUAUCUUCGAUGGCAGCUCACAAGCUUUUAAGACCCCAGAUGCUACUCACCAAAGUAGAAUGUAGAACAUUUUCUUUAUAAACUGUUAUGCCAGUUGAGCCAGAUAUUCCCCCAGACUGUGGUCCCCACAGCCCUAAGCCCAGUAAUUUGGUCCCUCAGGGAGUUUGGAUGUGUCUGUGGAGUGUUCAUGACCUUGCCUUGGUCAAGUUGUGCUGGCUGCCCCAGUAUUGUGUACUGUCUUACCCUUCACCAAAGUUAGCACUUAUGUAUUGUCUACUUAGUGUUUUUCCAUCCCCACCCCUCCCCUCCCUCAUAACCAUCAAAGAUUGUUUCUUUUUGUGUGUAAAUCUAUUCAUGUGUUUUUAUAGUAGUGGUUUCAUAUAAUAUUUGACCUUUUGUGAUUGACUUAUUUCACCCAGCAUAAUGCCCUCCAUAUUCAUCCAUGUUGUGAGAUGCUUCGCAGAUUCAUCAUUGUUCCGUAUGGUUGUGUAGUAUUCUAUUGUGUGUAUGUACCAUAGUUUGUUUAUCCAUUCAUCUGCUGAUAGGCAUCUAGGUUGUUUCUUUUUGCUCUGUUUGGCAGUUUCUUAUAAAAUUAAACCCAACUCCAGGUUUAAUGAUUCUCUAGAAGGACUCAGAGGACUCAGCAUAAAGUAGUACACACACAGCUAUAACUUAUGGCGUGCAGUACAGGCGAGACUAAGUGCAAGUUUUAAAAAAGUCCUUUCCCAGUGGAGUCCCCAAGCAAGGAAUUGUGAGCAGAAUUUAAAGUACGAGUGUGAUUGAAGGGGCAGUGAAUGGGAAUAGAGGUAGAAGAAAGAUCAUGGACUUUACAAAGGCAAAGAGAACUAUAAAGGGAACAGAUUGAUCCAGUAAGAUUAGAGUUUAGAGUGUGGGAAAGAGACGGUAAGAACAGAAUACAGUUGUAAUGGCUGGUGAGGGUUUGAGUCUGAGCUAUCCUCUGUAGAGAUUCUAUUAUUUUAGUUGAGAAGCAAUGUGAUUAGAUACGUGUUUUAGAUAGCUAGUUCUAGUGACACUGGAUAAUGAGUUGGGGUGGAGAGAAAUUGAAUACUGUGUGCUUUCAGGGCGUUUUGCAUUUGUUCAUACUGCUCACUUAACCUGCUGUGCCCUUAUUCUGUAAACCAGUUGCCACUGAGUCAAUUCCGACUCAUGGUAACCCCAUUUGUGUCGGAGUAGGACUGUGAGAACUGCGCUCCAUAGGAUUUUCCAUAGCUGAAUUUUUGGAGGUAGAUUGCCAGGCCUUUCUUCUUAGGCACCUCUGGGUGAACUCAGACCUCCAACCUUUUGCUUAGCAGCCGAGCACGUUAACCAUUUGCACCACCUAGGGGCUUCUCAUUCUGUACCUCUCAAGAAUCCCAUUCAUGCAUUAAGUGCUGCUCAUUUAAACACACACAAACGCACACACACACAGCCCUCUUAAAAUUACAUUAUACCCUAUAGAUUAUAAGCUAAUAAAGGUUGCAGCCCUGUCCUUUUCACCCCCAUUUUAUAUACACAUGAUUUUUCCCUUUUCUCUCUUUCAUCCCUCAUCCCUUCAGUACAACUGCCAGUGUCUAUACCUAGCUAGCGCUUGCUCAAUGAAUGCUUGCUGAAUUAGAGACAAGUCAGUGCUCCAUAUGAGGACUCUUUAGGGUUAAUCUGUAUAGUGAGAGAGAAGAUGGCAAAAAAAAAAAAAUGAAUUUGAGGGAGAAUUAAUGGGUAGAAGUGACAUCAUACAGGAGACGAGCUACAAACUGCAAAGGUCCUAACCUCGGAGGUAGAGUGAUGAUCUAAAGAAUGCACAUAUUUGAGUAAUAAGCAGAAUAAGUGGUACCAACAAAGAAGGAAUUAAAGGAGGUUAUAAAAAGAUCAUCAUAUGAAGAUUAUUUUGACUUUUUCUUGAGAAAAUUUUUGAAAAAAAGCUUUAAUUAUUGAUAACAUCAAUAGUUUCUCACCUGUGUAACUUUUGUCUUUAAAUAUAUGAAGAUAUUUUAAGGUGAGAUAUAAAUAUGAAACUGAUAACUUUAUAACAUUUAUUAUCACAGCAAUAAAUAUCCAUUUUUAGACGGUUAUCUAUGUAUAUUGCAAUGACUUUGUAAUAGAUGCUCAAGUCAUGGUGGAGAGGCGUGUGUGUACGCACGUGCGUGCCCGUGCACACCUGUGUGCGCCUGUGUGUGCAUGUGCACGCGCACUUGUGUGUGUAUCUGUCCUGGGAAAAAUGACAUCCUGACAGGGCAGAAGAACAAAAGAGCAGCACUGAAAAUAGCUAAAAGUUGUUUUCCUGUCACCACACACCAGAUACGGAGAGCAGUAAAAGCAGACAGAUGGAUGGUUUUGGAAUGUUCGAAUAGAGAGAAGAAACAUUCUGUUCCUUUUAUUCAGAAAAGGAAUUUCUAGGCUAAAUUACUGGUUUCGGUAAUAAGUUUCAUGUGCUGACCAAAGAAAAGUGAUUUAUUUAUGUUUUACCCUGGAGAUGAUGACUCAUGCUCUUCUCAGAAUUUUGCUUUUGUGGAAACUGCAGGGCUGUCACACAUACAGCGCUAUUAUUUGGAGCAUAGUGUUGAUGAUACUGUUGUGAGUUGACUAGUGAUGGAUAAGAAUGCUAGUGUUUUAAACCCAGCUGUAACAAAGGAACAAAGUAUGAGCUUUAAUUAGCUGAGUCCAGGAGAAGUGAAAGUAUAUUUUUUAAAAUACUAAUGAGCUGAUUAUUGUCAUUUUAUGAAUUAUAAACUACACAAUAGAUUUUAGAUAUUUCAUCAUUUUGAGGAAUUCAUGUUAGAAGGUAAAUAUCUAACUUCCAGUGUGGACGUUGGAGAUACUUUCAUGUAAGAAAUUUUUUCUGUACUUUUUUUUCUUACAUUCCUCAGAAUUGGUAUGAGACCGUCAAAUUAUAAUCAUACAGACCAUUAAACAACUGUCAAAUAAUUGAGAUUGUUAACAUGAGCUAGAUGAAGCUGAAAGUUUAUGUUGCAGGCAGAUUGAGCAUCAGUGGAUAAAAAUGGAAAUAUUCUACUUGUACGGUGGCUGCCAUUAUGGGUUCAAGCAUAGUAACGAUUGUGAGAAUAGCACAGGACCAGGCAGUAUUUCAUUCUCUUGUACGUAGGGUCACUAUGAGUGAGAAUCGACUCAACAGAACCUAACAACAUAGCAGCAACACCCACUUCAAUUUAUCAUUCUCAUUGUUUUCCGUUUUAUGGUAUAACCAAGAAAAAAAAACAAAAAAACCCAGUGCCGUCAACUCGAUUCCGACUCAUAGCGACCCUAUAGGACAGAGUAGAACUGCCCCAUAGAGUUUCCAAGGAGCGCCUGGUGGAUUCAAACUGCCAACCCUUUGGUUAGCAGCCGUAGCACUUAACCACUAUACCACCAGGGUUUCCAUUAGUAAUGAUAACUUCCAAGAUACUCAUAUAGUUCAUUUUACUAUACCAGGUAUAAGGUGAACAGUAUUUGAAAGGACAAAACAAAAACCAUUUACUAAUAUUUCUUUCUCAUCAUUGAAUGGAUUCUGAAGUACCUUGCUCAUAUUGUAUUGGCUAAAAAGAUGGAUUUUUAAAAUAUAUCUAUGCUUACAUGACUCCACAUUGAUUUUGCUAUCAUAUGUAGGACUGCUUCUGUUCACAACAUUUGGCUAUAUGGCCCUUAGGCUGAAAAUAACCUACCCUCUCUCUGAUUGCACUUCUGGGAGAUUCAUGUUGCUUUGUUUGUUAAACAGUCAGCUAUCCUGUAUUACUUAAAAUUUUGCUUUAGUGAAAUAGCUGUUUCACCAGAGAUCAAAUAUGGAAGGAUGACAAAUCACUAAGUUGGCCAAUAAUUAUUUGCAGUGGAGUUUUCACCAUUACUAAAUGUAAUACUAGAGUAUUAUUGCCAGAAAAUGAGGAACAUGGCAAACCAUUACAUCAGAAUAUAAUGUUAUCGUCUGGUCUUUAUAAUUGAAAAAAGCAGAAUGUUUUUAAAAUCAGGUUUCUACUGUAUUUUACAUCUUUCAUCCAAUGUCAUAACAUUUCUCAUGAAAUGAAUUGGUACCUGAAUAUACUUAGGUAGUACUCACCGAACAAAUAAUAAGCAUCUGACAUUCAUCAGAGUAUAGUUUGAAAAAAAAAUGGAGCAGUUUUGCAUGUAGCUCUUGAUGAUUUUAUCCGAUUAAGUAAAACUGGGGGAAGACUUCUUUGGGUCAUUAAAUUUGGCAUGUGAAAUAAGCAGGUUAAGAAUAUUAAGUGAUGAGCUUAUGCAAAAUAAAAUUUCAGUGUACUAUAAUUCUUUGCUUUGUAUCUUUUUGUAAUAACGUCAGUAAUAUAUCAAUAUAGAUAUGAUAUAAGAGAAAAGAAUGCUUUAAGAGAUUACAAUAAUGGCCUCUAAGAGAGGAAAUCAGUUCAAGGACAUAGGCUAAGAUUGUGAUGUUAGGGCAAAAGAAUAAUAACAAGGGUAAUAAAAAAACUAGACAAAAAUGUCAGGGACCUAAGUAUUGAUAUGGUAAGCUAGGAUACUCAUUACUUCUUGAGCCAGGUUUUUCCAGUUCCUAACCUCAUCCUUGUUGUAUAUUAAAUACAUUUGUAAACUAGCGUAUUUUUCAUGCCGCAGUAUUACACUGAUGCUUAAUUGUGGAAGUUCCUUGGGUAGUGCCCGUUUCUGCACCAAAUACUACUAAAACUUGGAAUGGCAACAGAAGGCUAAUGUGGCUUCUGGGCAGGGCUGACACACACAUUCAAGAAGUGCUCCAUAUUUUUAAGCUAAUAUUUUUAUGUGAUUCACUUACCAGCAGGCUGUCUUCCUGCUGUAAAAACAAAUUGGUGGAGACUAUUCACACCUCCUCCUUAGCCUGUCAGUAUUGGCAGAAUCGCCACAGUGGUCACUGUAGCACAGUUCAGACCUUGUAAUUCAGUUUUGAAAAUAUCGUCCUUGCAGCAGCCAAUUAGGGCAAUGAUCUGUGGGUAUCACCUUUGCUCAUUCUUUGUGCCUGGUAGUAGAUAAUUGUAGGCAUAGACACCAUAGCUACAGCCUUAGGACACUAGGCCUUAGGAAACAGGGAAAUCUGUUGGAAACAGUAAACUUUGACGGAGCUUUGUGAUUGGUCCCUGAUUCUCUCCCCCCACCCCCAGAUCAGUUUAUCCUUUUGACAGAUACUGUACUUGUUGCCUUCAAGUUGAUUCAACUCAUAGCGACCCUAUAGGACAGAGUAUAACUGCCCGUAGGAUUUCCAAGGAGCGCCUGGUAGAUUUGAACUGCUGACCUUUUGCUUAGCAGCCAAAUUCUUAACCACUAUGCUGCCAGGGUUUACAGAUAAAUCUGUCAAGUUUGAAAUGUUUAGUUGGUCAAAAAUGAAAAUAAUACUCAAAAGCAAACUGUGAAGUAUAUCUGGAUGCAGGUAGAUGAAUGUAUUUUGCACCUGUUGGUACCCUCAAUCAAAGUUGCUAGUUUCAUCUUUACUGGGAUGGACCAGACUGUGAAAAUCUGUUUUGGUAUUUUGAUUUUUUUCUCCUUGGACACAAACUGCCUGUUCUGUGGGAGGAAGGUAGAGCAACUGGUUCUACUGAGAAACCUGUGGCUGACUCCGGUUUGUCAUUGUUUAUGAUGGCAGUAUAAGGUUGGUAUGCAAGGCUCAGCUUUCCUACAUUGUCUGGAACGGCCAUAAGGUUGGUCAGUAGGCUGCAGAUAAGUUUUGCUACAUCUAAACACUAAAGGGGUAGCACCAGGAGGCAUAAUAUUUGAUUAUAAAUCCAAAUAGUAACUGAAUUUUGUCCUUAUUCCAUAAGUGAAGGUAGUGCACAUUCUUGAUGAAGAGAGGAACAGACUGAGGGAAACAGUGUGAAGAGAGUGUUUUCUGUGCGGUCACCAACCUUCACCCAUAGUAGCAGAAAGACUUGGAAAGAAGACUUUUGAGGUGUUCAGAGUCACUGAAAGGAUGAUGAAGACAUUAAGCUACGUCAGAAAGAAAUAAAAAAAAGGAAAAGCCAUUUGAUAAACUUCAGGGAGAGAAGCUUACAUUCUUGGUAGCUUAUGGAAACAUCACCUUAUUUAUGACAGAUCUUUAAAAGACUCAAGUCAAGCAAGCUGGCAGAUGCAUUGCUAAGGUUACUUUUUUAUAAAUAUUCUUAAUUAAGGUGUUUAAUCCGGUUGUUCUUAAACUCUUUAAUGAAUUCAUUUAGCUGGGCCCAGGAUGAUGUCCUCUACUCUUUUGUCUCUUCUUUCUCCUUAGACCAUUAAAAAAAAAAAACUAGCAGCCAGGAAACAACUAUUUUGUAAGUCAGCCAAGUUGAGAAUGGUGUUAGCUUCAUUAUGGCAGGAAAGAGUGAAGUUGUUUUUGGUGAAGCCCCCAGGCAUUUAAAAGAAAAAGAGGGGAGAGUUGGCUUUACUACUAACAUUAAGCUAAAAAGUAGAACACUUCUGUGCUUUUUUUUCCUUAAAUGGAUCCAUUAAUCAAGAGAGGAACAAGGCAUGGUUGACAUCAUCUUUGAAAUUCCAAAUAAGAGAGAGCUCCUCUUCCUAAUGUACCUGGGAUAUGAGUCUUAUUUGUAAAGGGGAAUUAGAGAGGACAGUGAGCCCCCCCCCCCCAUUUUCUGGUUAUCAUCAGUAAUAACCAAAACCAAACCCAUUGCCGUCGAGUCAAUUCUGACUCAGCGACUCCAUUGGACGGAGUAGAACUUCCUCAUGGUGUUUCCAAGGAGCGCCUGGUGAAUUUGAACUGCCGCCUUUUGGUUAGCAGCCGUAGCACUUAAUCACUAUGCCACCAGGGUUUCCAUCAGUAAUAGGUUUGGUUAUAAACUUCUACUUUUUUGUAAAAGGUUAAACUUUCAGGACCUUUCCUCUUUGUGUUCCAUGGAAGCUGGAAUUUUUGCUUAGUGGAAAUUGGCGUAACAUUUCAAGGGCCCCUCCAUAUUUUGCAUUUCCUUUACAGUAGGCCAUGCCUCCUUGCUGGGACUGUCUCUUCAUUGACCUCAUAGUGAUUAAAUUUUUGGCGAGGCAAUCAAGUGCGUAACAGGCUUCUAUUUUCACUGUUUCAUUGAAUUAUAAGGAGUCCUGGUGGUACAGUGGUUAAGCACUCAGUUGCCAACUGAAAGGUUGAUGGUUUGAACCCAUCAGCCACUCUGCAGAAGAACUGUGUGGCAGUCUACUUCCGUGAAGGUGACAGGCUUGGAAACCCUAUGGGGCAGUUGCUACUCUGUCCUGUACGGUCACCAUGAGUCGGAAUUCGACUCCAAGGCAAUGGGUUGUUUGAAUUACACCCUUAGUCUUUAAAUAUGUAUGUGGCUCCCCAAACUUAAAUACCUUAGGGUUGUUUCUCUCUUUUUAUAAAAGAUACUACUCUGUAAUAUUUCUAUAAAGAAAGUAUUUUUUUUUCUAAUUAAAAAAUUACCCCACACAUGGUAUCAAGUUUCCAUUUUAGGAAAUUAGUAUCACAGAGUUCUACUUAGCAAAGUCUAGUAUCUUUUUUAAGUAUUGCUUCAGUGAACCAAAUAUUGUCUUAUUGAAUGUAGAGAUCUUAUGCAGUAAUAUCUACCGUGUCUUACAGCAAGCCAGAAGCAAUAAAAUUCUGACCCUUUCCUAGACACGUGGGUCUAUAUCGCAUUGAUCCAGGAGAAAACAGAAAGGAAACCUUUGUUGAAUUUGUUCUGUGUUCCAAGCAUGAUGCUAAAGACUGUGCUUAUUUAAUUCUUAUAACAUCACCAUGAGGUAGUAACGAUUUUUAUUUAUCUUUUGCAGAGAAGGAAACGGCUUUAAUAUGAGCCUAAUUCUCCUAAGGAGCCCUGGUGGUGCAGUGUGUAAGAGCUCAGGCUGCCAACCAAAAAGUCAGCGGUUUGAAUCCACCAGCUGCUCCUUGGAAACCCUAUAGGGCAGUUCUACUCUGGCCUGUAGGGUCGCUGUGAGUCAGAAUUGACCCGAUAGAAGUGCGUUUGGGUUUAGUUUUAACCCUCCUAAGGAAGUCUUAAGAAUUGCAGACUUCUCUCCAGGAUCAGUGAAAUUGAGGAUGAUGGAGCACUGAGCUGAGCCAAAGCAAAAACACUCCGGUUACGCUAUUUCUGCUCUACUCUUGGUACCAGACUGCAUUCAUAUGCAUUGUUCUCUUUGGUACUAAUUACUAAAUAUAUCAUAGUUGGAAAAAUCUAGAGUUUUCCAGAACAUUCCAGGUACUUUUGUUAUUCAUUUGCUACGGGUAUUGGGUAUUGUUAAAAAUGUUAAAGCUGGAGACGCUCAUUCGAUUCUCUUUGUGAAUGGCUACCUUUGUCCCUUUCUUUGGGUGGAAGGCAGCACUCCUAAUCCUGUCUACUUGUCUUACCAGUGUAUGCCGUUGGUCACAACAUGGGCUGGUUAAUAAAGGGAAAUCAAAGAAUUAGAGCAAAAGUAUUCUUCCACUAGAAAAGUAAGGUAACAUAUUAUGCACAUUUUUCAUUUGAAGUAUUAGUCAUUCUCCUAGUUGUGUUUCGAAAUCAUCAUUUACUAAAUACUGUUACCUUGUUCUGAAAAAAAUUAAUGGGUUUUCUAGCGUUGCCUAAUUUACAGUUUACUUCUAACAGCCUUCUGCUUGUUUUGUGUGAAGCUAUGAUAAUCUGCCUUCACUCCCUCUCAAAGAUUCUGAGAAAAGAAAUAUUUACUGGAAAACUCUAUCACUGUGGAAUAAUUUGUAUCCUAUUAAAUUAUAUGAUAUUAUGGAAUAUCUCUUGUAUUUUUCCUACUAUUUAAAUACAUUUCCCUUUACUCAUAAUUCUUAUCCCUCUGACCACCUUUACCUAUUAAAGGUCAGUCUUCUUUUGAACUUAAAUCUUAAGAAAUUUUAUCUUAUUACACAUUAAAAUUUAAAUUUCUAAAGUGCAAAUUGAGAAGAUUAGUGACUGCACAUUUCGAGAAUUGGUAUGGUGUCUUUGUGUAUAAAAUACAGAAUUUAAAAUUCAUUAUUUAUCUAAUAAUCUAAGAUCUACUUUUUAAUGUGGUAAAUAUAUGUAUGUAACAAAACAUUUGCCACUUCAGCAUUCUUCACAUGUAUAAUUCAGGGAUGUUAACUGUGCUUAUCAUGUUGUUCAACUAUCAUCAUUAUCUGCUUCCACAUUUUCUUGUCACCCUUGACAGAAGCUCAGUAUCCCCUAAGCAAUGAGCUCCCUGUCCCCUUCCCCCCAGCCCUACUCCCACGUGGUAACCACUAAUAAACUUUGGUCUCGAUAAACUUGCUUAUUCUAGAUAUUUUAUAUAACAGGAAUCAUACAAUAAUUGUCCUUUCGUGACUGAUUUAUUUCAUUCAGUGUAAUGUUUUCAAGUUUUAUCCAUGUUGUGGCACGCAUCAGGACUUCACUUCUCUUAAUGAGUUGAGUAAUAGUCCACUGUAUGCAUGUACCACGUUUUGUUUAUCCAUUCAUCUGUUGAUGGACAUUUAGGUUGUUUCCACUUUGUGGCUAUUGUAGAUAGCGCUGCAGUGAACACUGGUAUACAAUUAUCUCUUUGCAUUCCUGCUUCUAAUUUUUUUGAGUGUAUACACAAUGGAUCCUUUUAACCCAACUAAUUAAGGUCCUUGUUCACAUUUAUUUAUAAUCAAAAGUCUACAUUGCUGUAGACAUCAAUGACAUAGAUCUUCUUUGGAAUAACUGUGUCAUUAUUUUUUAAAUCCAUUAUCACACCAAGAAAACUCUGUGGAUCAGUUCUGCUCCGUAGCACAUGGAGCCACCAUGAGCCGAGGGCCAACUUGACAGCAUCUCACAACAACAGCACAGACCCUUCCUGAGACCAUCCAUGGACCUCAUGUUAGGGAAUCUGUAUCUUACAUAAUGCUGUAAAUAUCCGAAAUGUAUAUUCAUAACGCCUUUCAUAGAACUAUGAAUUUAAUAAUGAAAAUGCAUUGUAGCCCUAUAAGAGAAUUUAGAUUUUCUACAUUCUUGUCAUGAGAACUUGAUUUUCUACCCUCAAGUUGUAAAAGGUUUCGCUUGUCUCACUAAAAUCGUGAGUUCAGUCUGUUUUCCCAUGGUCAGUUUGUAAAGGUCAGUGAAGGACAGCACUUUGAAAGAAAUGGAUAAUAUGCGUCCUUCCAGAGCUCGUAUAUGUUACAGCUGUCCCUUUGGACUCACUCCAACAACAGCUCAGUGACUCUUAGAGGAAGAGUGUUUUAGAGGCCCUAGCUGGGGCUCAGAAAAUUGUACUGAAAAGCAUUUGCUUCCCGCGCGUCUCCACCGCAGUGGAAUUUAAGAUUAUGCUCAUCAUUCCUCAAAUCCAAUUGGUCUCUGAGUGCUUAGGAUGUUUCCUUGACAAGAUAUCUUCAUCCAUCUCUUUCUUGCUAUUCCUGUUGCUGCUUCUCUCUGUUUAGACCCUUGUUACAUUUUCCCUGGAAUAAUUUCAAUAAUGUAGUUUUCCUACUUAUUCCUUUAUGCUCUAGGACUGUAAGGACAAAAGAAACAAAUGGACCCUUUCUUGGAAAAGUUCACAGUCUACUAGGGAGGCAAAUGUGAAUAUAGGUUUCUGCUUUGGGACAGCCACACAUCUAAUUCCUUAAAGUAGUUUUAUAUGUAAAACUUGUAAAGGAUCAGAACAAUGCCUCCAAGACCAUCAUCAGGAGAACUGUGGGGCAUCCACUUGAUGCCCCCAAGAAUCUUAGUAGAAUGUUUACUACCAAAUGGCAUGAUAGUGACUUUAGAAUGCCUCCGUGAGGCUACAUUAAUAACUAUAAAGCAUGAACUAUUUAAAGAAGCAAGAAAAUACCCUCUGUAUCAACUUCUUCAGGAUGAAUCUUCUUACAUUUUCGUAAGUGUUACCCAAGAAGCAGAAAGGGAAGAAUUUUUUGAUGAAACAAGACGACUUUGUGACCUUCGGCUUUUUCAACCCUUUUUAAAAGUAAUCGAACCAGUAGGCAACCGUGAAGAAAAGAUCCUCAAUCGAGAAAUUGGUUUUGCUAUCGGCAUGCCAGUGUGUGAAUUUGACAUGGUUAAAGAUCCAGAAGUACAGGACUUCCGAAGAAAUAUUCUGAAUGUUUGUAAAGAAGCUGUGGAUCUGAGGGAUCUGAAUUCACCUCAUAGUAGAGCAAUGUAUGUCUAUCCUCCAAAUGUAGAAUCUUCGCCAGAACUGCCAAAGCACAUAUAUAACAAAUUAGAUAAAGGGCAAAUAAUAGUGGUGAUUUGGGUAAUAGUUUCUCCAAAUAAUGAUAAGCAGAAAUAUACUCUGAAAAUCAGCCAUGACUGUGUGCCAGAACAGGUGAUUGCCGAAGCAAUCAGGAAGAAAACUCGAAGUAUGUUGCUGUCCUCCGAGCAACUAAAACUAUGUGUUUUAGAAUAUCAGGGCAAGUAUAUUUUAAAAGUGUGCGGAUGUGACGAAUAUUUCCUCGAAAAGUAUCCUCUGAGUCAAUAUAAGUAUAUAAGAAGCUGUAUAAUGCUGGGAAGGAUGCCCAAUUUGAUGCUGAUGGCUAAAGAAAGCCUCUACUCUCAGCUGCCAAUGGACUGUUUUACAAUGCCAUCUUACUCCAGGCGCAUUUCCACAGCUACACCCUAUAUGAAUGGAGAAACAUCUACAAAAUCCCUUUGGGUUAUCAAUAGUGCACUCAGAAUAAAAAUUCUCUGUGCAACCUAUGUGAAUGUAAAUAUUCGAGAUAUUGACAAGAUCUAUGUUCGAACAGGUAUCUACCAUGGAGGAGAACCCUUAUGUGACAAUGUAAACACUCAAAGAGUACCUUGUUCCAAUCCCAGGUGGAGUGAAUGGCUGAAUUAUGACAUAUACAUUCCUGAUCUUCCUCGUGCUGCUCGACUUUGCCUUUCCAUUUGCUCUGUUAAAGGCCGAAAGGGUGCUAAAGAGGAACAUUGUCCAUUGGCCUGGGGAAAUAUAAACUUGUUUGAUUACACAGAUACUCUAGUAUCUGGAAAAAUGGCUUUGAAUCUUUGGCCAGUACCUCAUGGAUUGGAAGAUUUACUGAACCCUAUUGGUGUUACUGGAUCAAAUCCAAAUAAAGAAACUCCAUGCCUGGAGUUGGAGUUUGACUGGUUUAGCAGUGUUGUGAAGUUUCCAGAUAUGUCAGUGAUUGAAGAGCAUGCCAACUGGUCUGUGUCCCGAGAAGCAGGAUUCAACUAUUCCCACGCAGGACUGAGUAACAGACUAGCUAGAGACAAUGAAUUAAGAGAAAAUGACAAAGAACAGCUCCGAGCAAUUUGUACACGAGAUCCUCUGUCUGAAAUCACUGAGCAAGAAAAAGAUUUUCUGUGGAGCCACAGGCACUAUUGUGUAACUAUCCCUGAAAUUCUGCCCAAAUUGCUCCUGUCUGUUAAAUGGAAUUCUAGAGAUGAAGUAGCCCAGAUGUAUUGCCUGGUCAAAGACUGGCCUCCAAUCAAACCUGAACAAGCCAUGGAGCUUCUGGACUGUAAUUACCCAGAUCCUAUGGUUCGAGGCUUUGCUGUUCGAUGCCUGGAAAAAUAUUUAACAGAUGACAAGCUUUCUCAGUACCUAAUUCAGCUAGUACAGGUCCUAAAAUAUGAACAAUAUUUGGAUAACCUGCUUGUGAGGUUUUUACUUAAGAAAGCUUUGACUAAUCAAAGGAUUGGGCACUUUUUCUUUUGGCAUUUAAAAUCUGAGAUGCACAAUAAAACAGUAAGUCAGAGGUUUGGCCUGCUUUUGGAGUCAUAUUGUCGUGCUUGUGGGAUGUAUUUGAAGCACCUGAAUAGACAAGUUGAGGCUAUGGAAAAGCUGAUUAAUUUAACUGACAUCCUCAAACAGGAGAAGAAGGAUGAAACACAAAAGGUACAGAUGAAGUUUUUAGUUGAGCAAAUGAGGCGACCAGAUUUCAUGGAUGCUCUACAGGGCUUUCUGUCUCCUCUAAACCCUGCUCACCAACUAGGAAAUCUCAGGCUUGAAGAGUGUCGAAUUAUGUCCUCUGCAAAAAGGCCACUGUGGUUGAAUUGGGAGAACCCAGACAUCAUGUCAGAGUUACUGUUUCAGAACAAUGAGAUCAUCUUUAAAAAUGGGGAUGAUUUGCGGCAAGAUAUGUUAACACUUCAAAUUAUUCGCAUUAUGGAAAAUAUCUGGCAAAAUCAAGGUCUUGAUCUUCGGAUGUUACCUUAUGGUUGUCUGUCAAUUGGUGACUGUGUGGGACUUAUUGAGGUGGUGAGAAAUUCUCACACUAUUAUGCAAAUUCAGUGCAAAGGCGGCCUGAAAGGCGCUCUGCAGUUCAACAGCCACACACUACACCAGUGGCUCAAAGACAAAAACAAAGGAGAAAUAUACGAUGCAGCCAUUGACUUGUUCACACGUUCCUGUGCUGGGUAUUGUGUCGCUACCUUCAUUUUGGGAAUUGGAGAUCGUCACAAUAGUAACAUCAUGGUUAAAGAUGAUGGACAACUGUUUCAUAUAGAUUUUGGACACUUUUUGGAUCACAAGAAGAAGAAAUUUGGUUAUAAACGAGAACGUGUACCAUUUGUUUUGACACAAGAUUUCUUAAUAGUCAUUAGUAAAGGAGCCCAAGAAUGCACAAAAACAAGAGAAUUUGAAAGAUUUCAGGAGAUGUGUUACAAGGCUUAUCUAGCUAUUCGGCAGCAUGCCAAUCUCUUCAUAAAUCUUUUCUCAAUGAUGCUUGGCUCUGGAAUGCCGGAACUACAAUCUUUUGAUGAUAUUGCAUACAUUCGAAAGACCCUAGCCUUAGAUAAAACUGAGCAAGAGGCUUUGGAGUAUUUCAUGAAACAAAUGAAUGAUGCACACCAUGGUGGCUGGACAACAAAAAUGGAUUGGAUCUUCCACACAAUUAAGCAGCACGCUUUGAACUGAAGUGAGAACUGAGAAACUGAAAGCCUGAUUGCUGGAUUCUACACUGCACUGUUAAUAACUGUCAGCAGGCAGAGACUGGUUGCAUAGGAAUUGCACAAUCCAUGAACGCAUUAAAAUUUACAGCAAGAACAAAAAUAAAAUAUUAAGUAAUUUAAGUAAUGUAAACGCAAACAGGGUUUGAUAGCACUAAACUAGUUCAUUUCAAAAUUAAGCUUUAGAAUAAUGCGCAAUUUCAUGUAAUGCCUUAAGUCCAAAAAGGUAAACUUUGAAGAAUGUUUGUAUCCUUUUUUAAAAAACAAAACAAAACAAAAAAUCCCCAAAAUAUAUAGAAAUGAUGGAGAAGGAAAAAGAAUGAUGUUCUUUUUUGUCUUGCAAAUGUUCUGUUUUGAAACGUGGACACAACAAAGUCUGCUAUUACAUUAGGUCCAAGUAAACUGGAGGUUGGUGUUAAACUACAUACAAUUGGAAAAGAAUGAAAAAUUCUUAUUUUUCCAUUGCUGUUCGAUUUAUAGUUUGAAGUGAGCUUUUUGACUCCUUGUAUAAUGAAGAAAAAUGCUUGGGGUGGAAGGGAUUCUUGAGAUUUCACCAGGGAGUUUUUCUUUUUAAUAAAUCAAACCUUUUGAUGAUUUGGGGUCUUACCUGCAAAGUUUUGGAAGCAGUCACAAAUGAGACCAGUUCUAAGGUGUUUUGGGGGAGUUUUUUCUGGUCAGUAUUUACAAGCAUCUGAUCUUAUUUCCCAGGGAAAUUCUGGGCUCCCACAAAACGAGUAAAUCAAGAAAUCAUCACAGAAACAGAAUGAGCAGGAACAGCUCUUGCUCCAGAACUGUACAGUAUUCACCUUCGGUUGAUUUUGUUUUUCCUCCUCCUUUUGCAAUUGAACUGAAUUCACUUUUCAUGCAUGUUUUCCAGAAAAUAGAAGCGAGUAUUAAUGUUAUUAAAAAGAUUAUUUUUUUUAUAAAAGGCUAUUUAUAUUAUAGAAACUAUCAUUAAUAUAUAUUCUUUAUUUACAUGAUCUGUCCCAUAGUCAUGCAUUGUUUUGCACCCCAAAUUUUUGAUUGUUCGUAACACCAUGAUCAACUGUUAGUCUGUGAGUGAGGUGUAGGCUCUGUUCCAUUCACGUCAAUGACCAGUGUAUAACUGUAAGAAAAACAGAUUAAACUUCCUCCUCUUCCCUUUUAUUUCUGUUUCCACUUUAAUUCCCCAUCCUCCAUCGUCUUCUAUAG